ACUGGUUCUAGUUUCACCAUAAUCACGUGACCAUUUAUUUUGUAUAAAUGGGAUUCGCGUCAUGAAUUCUGCCUCUAUUAACAGUGAACACAGUAGUGUAAAGACCGUUAAAAAUGUCAGGAAAGCCACCAUACAAAGUCGCCGAUAUCAGCCUGGCUGAUUGGGGCCGAAAAUGCAUUGAGAUUGCUGAGAAUGAAAUGCCAGGCUUGAUGCAGAUGAGAGAAAUGCAUGGUGCAGCCAAACCCCUGAAAGGAGCUAGGAUUGCUGGUUGUCUUCACAUGACAACACAAACUGCUGUCCUCAUUGAGACCCUCACAGCUCUUGGAGCUCAGGUCCAGUGGAGCAGUUGUAACAUUUUCUCUACCCAGGAUUUCGCUGCAGCAGCCAUUGCCAAGACAGGGGUUCCUGUGUAUGCAUGGAAAGGAGAGACAGAUGAGGAAUACAUUUGGUGUAUUGAACAGACACUGGUGUUUCCCGAUGGUCAGCCCCUCAACAUGAUCCUUGAUGAUGGAGGAGACCUAACAAAUCUUGUCCAUGAGAGAUACCCACAGUUCCUGGAUGGAAUUAAGGGGCUCUCUGAGGAAACCACUACUGGUGUUCACAAUUUGGCCAAAAUGAUGGCAGCUGGCAAGCUAAAAAUUCCUUCAAUCAAUGUUAACGACUCAGUUACAAAGAGCAAGUUUGACAACUUGUAUGGCUGCAGGGAGUCACUUGUUGAUGGAAUUAAAAGAGCCACUGACGUCAUGUUGGCAGGAAAGGUUGCCAUGGUAGCUGGAUAUGGCGACGUUGGCAAAGGUUGUGCACAUGCUUUACGGGCCUUUGGAGCUAGAGUAAUGGUUACAGAGAUUGAUCCAAUCAUUGCUCUCCAGGCUGCUAUGGAAGGCUUUGAAGUCACAACUGUGGAUGAGUGCAUUAAGAAGGCCAGAAUUUUUGUAACUGCCACUGGAUGCAAAUCAAUUAUUCACGGAGAAAUGUUCGAGCAAAUGUUGGAAGAUUCCAUUGUUUGUAAUAUUGGACAUUUUGACUGUGAGUUGGAUGUAGCUUGGUUGAAUGAUAACUGUGUGAAAAAAGAACAAAUCAAACCUCAGGUUGACAGGUAUACACUGAAGAAUGGUCGCCAUAUUAUCCUGUUGGCCGAGGGUCGUCUGGUCAAUUUGGGAUGUGCCCACGGCCAUCCAAGUUUUGUGAUGAGUAACUCCUUCACCAACCAAGUCUUGGCUCAAAUUGAACUGUGGACCAAGCAGGGUCAAUACAAACUGGGAGUGCAUCUCCUUCCCAAAAAGCUGGAUGAAGCUGUCGCUGCAGCCCACUUGGAACAUCUCGGUGUGAAGCUGACCAAGCUCUCCGACGAUCAGUCCGGAUAUCUCGGAAUUCCUAAGGAUGGUCCAUUCAAACCUGAAAUCUACAGAUACUAAAAGACAAUUUCAUCUGUUUUUGUGAUGGAGACAUGUUCCGACACAAUUACUAUUCAUUUUAUGAAAUCAUGACUUUCCUAUCAUUAACAUGUGCUUUAAAAUCAACUGAGUGCUGACAGCGUUGAUGGAUGAAGCAUACAUAUGUUAAACACUUUUAACAUAUAUAUAUUGUUAUAUUUAUGAAGGCAGAUGUUUGUUUUAAUCAGAAACGUUGCUGAAGUCGUAUUAAAAAGUAUUAAAAUUGUCAA